AUGUUAUAAGCUUAUAUAAAUACAUUCCUAAUAAAACUUGGAAUUAUUAGAAAGGAGGAAUCAUUUAUAGUGAGAGAAGAAAUCAGAGAAAAUGCCACUUGGAGUGAUUUAAGAUAGAAUCGAAUAAAAUAGAUAAAGGAGGAUCUUGAAAGUGGGAACAUCAAUGUUGAUUCUGAGAUCAUUGAAGAAUCAGGAUAAACUCUACUUACAUAAAGCAUAGUGAUAGAUAGAUAUGAAAUAUUCUUAUUGUGUUUAUUGUAUUAAGCAAAUGUAAAUUAAUAGACCUACGAGGGAAUGAGGCCAGUUCAUUUGGCAGCAAGUCUAGGGAGAUUGAAGAUGCUAUAGGAUUUAAAAUAAUAUGGAGCUGAACUUGAUGCAAAGGACGAGUUGGGCAUGACACCUUUAGAAAGGGCAAAAUUAUACAACCAUUCUGAAAUUAUUGAGUUUUUGAAAUAAUGA